GCCCCCUUACCCGGUUGCUCGAAAAUUUCCUGUAACAUGUCACAACUUGUAACUUGUAAGUUGUGUCCUACGUUAGUGCAAUUUUGUCUUAGUAGUGCAGUUAUUUUUUGUCAAUAUAUGACGUUAUAUUGUCAUAAUAUAGCUCCCUCGUGUUGCAACCAAGUGAUUUUCAAAUUUUUUUGACUGCAUAGUGGUUUUGUCAUCGUUACCGUUAGUUCAACAACCGUUUUUCUCGCGAGAAACUUUGAUAAAACACAGCUGGUCCCAUCUGAUACGGUCACAGUUCAGUCCCAAACUGGUCGAUGACGCUGCGUCCAGCCGGCCAAUACCGUGAAGGUAAACAAUGCGCGGCCAGCUGGUCUCGCUCCGGUCAGCAAACUUGGCUGACUGAGUCCACAUCAGUUUUAAAACAUUAACCAUUAGCCUGUCAUCCAUUUGUCCAUCACAUGACGCUCCAGUUUGUCAAGGUGACAUUAGUCCAAAAACUAUCCACCGUCUUCUUCUGCAAUGACAGAUAAAGUAAAAGAGCUCGUUUCCAAGUGCCUGCAGGCCCGGGAUAUGGCAUACUGCCCCUACAGUCGUUUUCCUGUCGGUGCUGCCAUAUUAACAGCAGAUGGCGCUAUAAUCACAGGCUGUAAUGUGGAAAACGCCUCCUACGGUCUGACAGUGUGCGCCGAGCGAACGGCCAUCCAGAGAGCCGUGGUGGAGGGACACAGGCAGUUCACCGCCAUCGCUGUGACAUGUGAUAUCAAAGACCGCUUUGUCGGGCCGUGUGGAGCAUGUCGACAGGUUCUUUUGGAGUUUGGAACAGACUGGAUUGUAUACUUGACCAAGCCAGAUGGAUCUUACAAAGAAACCAGCCUCAGUGAACUGUUGCCGCUAGCCUUUUCACCAGCCCACCUGGCAAAGAACUGAUGAAGCCACAACAGCCACAUUAGGGUUUUUUUUAGUAUUUUUAGUGUUGUACUGUAAUGUUUUACCUGCAAUGUCUCUGGAACUGUAGUUAUAGCAACAUUGAAAAUUUGGUAAACAAUAAAACAUUUUUUCCCAAAAACA